UGUACAUACAAAGACGUUUUGUAAGGUAGGCUUUUUGAACAGUCACUAAUAAUAAUCAGUUGUUUACAUAGCAAAGUGCGCAUUGGGCGCUGGUUCGUUAAGUGUCAUUCGUUUUCUAUCCUCACAAUUUCGCCAGUUAUUUAAUUGUCAGAAGACUUAUUGACUUGAAGUACUACAUGUGCUGUAGCAAUUGUUAGAAAAAUGAGUCAAGUUACAACAAGACAUCGCAAAGUUUCGCAAAAUAGUUCGAACGCAGAUUCAAGUAAUCAGAAAACAGAUUCUUCUUUGAUACCACGACCACAACCACGACCAUCAAUUAAAGAUAAAGGAAAAGAAAAGGGUGAAGCUGCCAUGGUAAUGAACGACUUGGAAGUAAAAGAAAAAGAAAGCCAAAACAUUGAGAAUAUUACAGACCAUGAUGUUACUUCUGGUCCUCCGUCUAUACAACCGCAAAAUGAAUCAUUCUCAAAAGAUUGCAAGUUCAAUCAUAUUUUUAAAAAUUUGUUGAUUGGUGUUGCUGGAUUAUCAAUAAUUUCCUGUGUUGUUAUUGUUUGUAAUAAGCACACCUUCUUGCAUUCAUUCAACUCAAGUGUUGGAAAUUACAUAAAGCCAAAUGUGCCAGCCAAAAAUGUCGAUCAUUGGGAUCUAGCAAUGGAUCUUAUAGAUGAAAUGAAAAAUUCUUUUCCUUUACAAAAGAGGGAAACCUGGAUAAGCUUUAUUUCUGCACUUGGUAGUGUUACAGAAAAUGAAGAGCCCUCCCAGCCAGCAGUUCUUCUUUUUGUUGGAGGAAACACUCUAAUUGCAACCCAUACUAUGCAGUGUGUUGCUUUGACUUUGGCUAACAACACAAAUAAGCUAUUACCACCUGCAAUGAUUUCUGACAAUGAUGUCUCAUCAGAAGUCAUAGUUAAAGUUGAUACAUUUGCCAAUCUUCAAAAUCAAGAAGAAAUGAUAAAGAAAGAACUAGAUGAUCGAAUCCGUUCCAUCCUCAACAAGUCUCACUCUGUUGUUGUUGGUCCUUUGGAGAAAAUUCCACCUGGAGCAGCCACAAUUUUGCACGGUUACUGCGACAACUUCGAGGCUCCAUUCAAGAAAAGUGUGAUAAUUUUGACUGCCACAUUUGAUUCUGACAAGCCACUUAAUUCGAAACAAUUAGAAAGAAGACUUCAUGAACUUUGGGAUCACAAAUUAAGCAAAGACAAAUGCGCCUCUAUAGUCUCACGAAUUGCCAACAACGUUGUUUUUAUCGAACCCGAAACCGGCCCCAUGCCAUGCACUAUUUGACGCACCAGAAAGUUUAAUAGAAAAGGAUGUUAUCAUGUGAGAAUACUUUGUGAUAAUACACAUUUGUUUAACCAAUUAAA